AUGGGAAUCAUCAGCUCAAGGUCAUAUUAUCCUAGAGAGGAUGACGAGGGUGUUGGACAAGUAGACCCAACAACGAGUAAUGCAGGUGGAGGUGGAGGAGGACGAGGAGACGAGGAGAUGGCAUAUCCCAUGACUUCGUUGUCAUCAUCGUUACUACCUCAACUCUUUAAUACUCCUGUUGUCUAUAGCAAGAUUGCAAUAAGAAAGGAUACCAUUAAAGUGGUUAGAGUUGACAAGAAUAACAACAAUAGUAGUAGUAGUACAUCGUCAUCUAACACUGGUGUCAAUGAAACAGACCAAGAACAAGAUAAAGUUGUUAUUAUUACUAAAUUACAACAACCAAAUUAUCACGUUGAUAAUGAAGAAGAUAGUAGUAAUAAUGAUAUUAUUACUUCAACAACUUCAACAACUGCAACAACAAAUAACAAUAACAACAACAACAACAACAAUGAAAGUAUAGAUAUAAAUGAAAGGUUUCCUACUAUUGAGAAUUAUGAUGAUGACAAUAAUAAUAAUAAUACAGAUAUAACAUUACAAGUAACAGACCCAUCAACUACUUCAACAACAUCAACAACUACAACUACUACAACUACUACAGCCAAGGUUAUUAAUACUACUGCUAGUAAAUCAACAUCACUAGAACCAAUUGUAAUCACAGAAGGAAUAUACAAUAUUAAAUUUAAAUUUGAUUCUGAAGAGCCAUGCGUAAUUGAUAUUUACUUGUUGGCUCAUGAAGCUGAUGAAUCAGAUACUAUUAAUGAAUGUAAUACACAUCUUGGGCCAUUCCAUUUCAGUAGAGGAUUGGAUCAAUCAUUUUCACUUUCCAACUCUGAAUACAUUGAUGUUUCAAAAUUCUCAACAAAGGAUCUAACUACCUUUGCAAUUGAAAAGGUUCAAUAUCCACUCAUUAUAACUUUAAAGACUGUUUCAUAUUUAGAGGAUCCAUCAUCAUCAUCAUCAUCAACAUCAACAACAUCAACACAAAAAAUAAUUAGAUGUCAAUAUUCCUAUUUAACAUUACUUGCAUGUGAUGAUUACACCUAUGAUGUUAAAGCAUUAAAACAAAAAAAUUUUAUUGAUAGUAAAACAAGUUAUAUUACACAUGAUAUUUAUGGAUAUCACAGUAAUAGUAAUGAAACACCAGGAAACGAUGAUGAUAAAUUAUGUUUGACAUGUAUGAGUGAAGAGAGAGAUACAUUACUUAUUCCAUGUCGUCACUUUUAUCUUUGUGCCAAUUGUGCCAGAGAAAUCAAAGGUCGUUGUCCACUUUGUAGAUCAAUUGUUGGUUCAAUUUUAAAAGUUUCUAAAAAAGAUUUAGAAUUACACCAACUACAACAUAAUAAUCAACAAUUUCUUCAACAACAACAACAAGAAGAUCGACAUCAAGAGUUGUAA